UCCGCCAUCUUGGAAGAAGUGGCUCAAGCAAAUCAAACAUGAGUCGCAAACAAACUCCAAGUGACUUUUUGAAGCAAAUCAUAGGCCGUCCUGUCGUGGUGAAGCUCAAUAAUGGCGUCGAUUACCGAGGAGUGCUUGCUUGCCUGGAUGGUUACAUGAAUAUUGCUCUAGAACAAACAGAAGAAUAUGCUAAUGGACAGCUGAAAAACAAAUAUGGUGAUGCCUUUUUGAGAGGAAACAAUGUGUUGUACAUCAGUACUCAAAAGACGAGCAGAAGAUGAAAACAAGAAGGUGGAUAUAGGAAAAUAUUAGACCUCGUGAUCCUCCAAACGGUUAAGAUGUUAGUCUGCUUAGAGGUCCCUGUAAAUACCCGUUGUUUUGUACUUUUUUCAGUGUAGAGGUCAAUAAACUUUUCUUUGUCACGAAACA